GCUGGCGCUGCGCAUAAACUUUUGGGAAGUACACUGCCAAACACGCUGACCACGAUUCACGAACGCUUCUCGUAACGCUUAUUUCACACCUUCCGUUGUUCUCUUCCUGCCAUGAUUAAAGACGUGCGGCUGCAAAUACGGGAGUUUGCAGCGCCAGUCGCCCAGAAACUAGGCCUCAGCAAGGUAUCUGACUUUGCCGAUGUGAUCUUGCUCUCCUUCGUGUUCUUCUCUGUCGUGCACUAUCGUCUGUCACCCACUGUGAGCGGAGCGCUCUUUCCUGUGUCGUAUGGCAAAGCGGGAAAGAGAGCGCGGAACAACUGGGACAUACGUGUCGCAUCGUUCGUCCAUGCUAUCAUAAUCAUAUUUCUCGCCGGGCGCUGCCUCACUCUUCCGAGUCUUAACGAAAACCGCGCGUUUGGUUGGGACGAAAAUGCCGGGUUUGUGAUAGCUGUCGCAACGGGUUACUUCAUCUGGGACACACUGGAAUCGAUCAUCCACUUCAGUGACAUUGGAUUCGUUUUCCAUGGCAUUUCAUGCCUUUUAAUAUAUGGCUUUGCAUUUACGCCCUUUGUUCCUUACUAUGGGGUACGCUUCUUGUUCUGGGAGCUGAGCACUGUGUUUUUGAACAUCCAUUGGUUCUUGGACAAGACUGGAAAGACAGGCAGUACCCUUCAGCUUGUCAACGGCAUUGUUCUUAUUGCGACCUUCUUCUUUGUACGCUGCCUCUGGGGCGCAAAAAUGUCGUAUGACUUUUUCGUGACUUUGAAUGGGGUGUACGACCAAGUUUCGACUCCAUACGUUAUCAUUUACGGAGGUGGCAAUGUCUUGCUCCAAGGGCUCAACUGGUUCUGGUUCGCCAAGAUGAUAGCUGCGCUUACGAAAAGGUUUCAGGGAAAACCCAAUGGACACAAGAACGUCAAUGGAAAUGGCGUUGGAAAGGCUAAAAUCUAAACAUCUUUUUAGAUGUGUAUGUUCUGGUUCUGCAGGUUAAAAUGCUGGUAGAGGCAAGUACAGUAUGCUUAAAUACACAAUCAUCGACGACAGGAUCGGACCACUAGGCUACGGUGAACGCUGCCUCUACUUGUGUCCGUACUCUCUGCUCCCAGGCAACAAGGUUCACGCGUCGAGUGACCUCAAUUCUCGUGCUAUCCUUGCUAUUGAAAAGACUGUGUAGGUACGCGAAUGCAAGUGCAUCUAAGGCAGUAGGAUUUCUGCGUCGUGUCAGUGAUCACACCCGCUGACUU